AUGUCCUUGAGUGGGUGGGUGGGUGUGUGGGUGGUUGUGUGUGUGCAGAAGGAAGAGGCAGAGACGAAGAGGAGGAAGAAGGAAGAGGAAGAGAGGAAGAGGAGGAAGAAGGAAGAGGCAGAGACGAAGAGGAGGAAGAAGGAAGAGGAAGAGAGGAAGAGGAGGAAGCUAGAUAUAAAGGAGGAGGAGGUAGAGGAUGUGCGAGAGGAGGAGGUAGAAGAAGAAGUGCGAGAGGAGGAGGUGGAGGAGGUAGAGGAAGAAGUGCUAGAUAUAAAGGAGGAGGAGGUAGAGGAUGUGGAAACCGAUAUUUCUGCCUCAAAUAUCUUCCUGGCCAACUUGUCAUCACAUCCAGCUCCACACUUCGAUGCACACAAGUUGGCCAGGAGGAUAUACCGCAUCUAUAAUGCACACAUUUUUGAAAAUAAGCUACCAAAACUUCCCAUGGAAUUUGCUGACAUCGGAUCACGUGCGGGUUUUUUUAGGUCCUGCCUAAAGAAUCCAACAGUGGACGGAAUAUUUUUUUCAAAGGUCUAUUGUAACACACCAGCUAGAGUACGAGAUGUACUGAUCCACGAGAUAUGCCAUGCUGCAGCCUGGUACAUCACUGGGACACUUGGGGAGGACAGGCAUGGCGCCAUAUGGCAGAUCUGGACAAGGACUGCUAGUUCUCGAUUUCCAGCCCUGCCACCAAUUACAGAAAAGGUCUACUGUGUAAGUUAUUAAACCUGGCUUCUAUAAUU